GGACCCUCUAUUUCUGUUCGCAAGCGAUACUCUGACUUUUGUGAUCUUCGCGAAGAACUUGUAAAACGAUACCCACGACUCAAGACAAGUAUACCCAAGCUACCUCCUAAAAAGGUCGUAGGCAAGUUCACACCGGCAUUCGUUGAACAACGACGCCGUGACCUGGAAUAUUUCUUUAAAUAUGUAGUUUUGCACCCAACCUUGGGCUCCAGUGCCACUGUCACUCACUGGAUAGCGCCUUAA